AUGAGCGCCCCCUACACCCGCAUCAGCCAAAUUGCCAGCCACCUCAGCUCGCACGAUCCGCGCUCGGAAGAGAGUGGCCACGUUCAGCGUGUCAAGCAGACGGAAGCUUUUCUCCAUAGCGAGCGGUUCCAGUUUGUCAAGCGUCCGUAUGGCGCCGAAGACGUCGUGAAGCUGCAAGGCACAAUGCCCGCUGCCAACGUCGGGAUCGCUAUGUCCCAUAAACUGUACAAGAUGUUGCGGGAGCUGCAGGCGGCCCAGAAGACGAGCCACACGUUCGGCGCGCUGGACACGAUCCAGGUCACGCAAAUGGCCAACCACUUGUCGACUGUCUACGUCAGUGGCUGGCAAUCGUCCUCGACGGCCUCAACGUCGAACGAGCCUGGACCGGAUGUGGCUGACUACCCCAUGGACACGGUGCCGAACAAGGUCGACCAGCUCUUUCGUGCCCAGCUCUUUCACGACCGCAAACAGUACGAGGCACGUCGUCGCUUGACUGCUGACGAACGUGCUCGCACACCGCCCACGGAUUUUUUGCGUCCUAUUGUAGCGGACGCUGACACUGGUCACGGUGGUCUCACUGCUGUGAUGAAGCUGACCAAGAUGUUUAUUGAGCGUGGCGCUGCGGGCAUUCACCUCGAGGACCAGAAGCCCGGCACGAAGAAGUGUGGCCAUAUGGGUGGCAAGGUACUCGUCUCGGUGCAGGAGCAUAUCCAGCGGCUCAUUGCUGCUCGUCUGCAAGCUGAUAUCCUCGGUAGUCCAUUGGUUGUUGUGGCUCGCACAGACGCUGAAGCCGCUACGUUGCUGGACAAUAACAUCGAUCCUCGCGACCACCCCUUCAUUAUUGGUGCCACCAAUCUGAACGUAGAGUCGUACAUUGACGCUACUCGUGCUGGUCGUGAGAAAAAGUGGGACAAGCUGGCACAGGCCAAGACUUACCCGGAGGCUGUUCGCGAGGUGCUGGAGAAGUCGGGUCGGUCGGACGCUUUGGCCACGUGGAACGCCCGUUGCCUGGAGCUGAGCCUGCCCAAACUGCAGGCUCUGGCACAGUCGCAAGGUGUAAACAUUGCUUUUGACUGGGACCGUGCACGUACCGUGGAGGGGUACUAUCGUGUGCGCGGCGGUGUGGACUAUUGCAUUGCUCGUGGCCGUGCGUAUGGUGAAUACGCUGACUUGAUCUGGAUGGAAACGGCCAAGCCAGGUGUGCCGCUGGCGCGCACGUUUGCUGAAGGUGUCAAAGCUAAGCUUCCGCACCAGAUGCUGGCGUACAACCUUUCGCCGUCGUUCAACUGGGACGCAGCUGGUAUGUCGGACACAGAGAUCGAGACGUUCGUGACAGACCUGGCCCAAUUGGGCUUUUGCUGGAUGUUUAUCACGCUAGCUGGUUUCCACAGCGACUCGCUUGGCAUCACCCGCUUCGCACGCGACUAUGCCAAGCGCGGCAUGCUUGCGUACGUCGAGGGCGUGCAGCGAGCCGAGCGCAACGAGGGUGUCGAGACGCUGAAACACCAGGGCUGGUCAGGCACUGAACUGGUGGACGCGAUGCAGAACACUAUCACAGGUGGACUGUCAUCGACGAACACGAUGGGUCACGGUGUUACGGAAUCGCAAUUUUGA